GAUGGACAAUGCUGAAGUGGCCGAGAAACCGGCGGAAGCCAAACCCGCAUCCGCCAAACCAAAAUCUGGCAGGAAAAGUAUAAACAAAAAGAAGAAGCCUGCGACGAGUAAGAAAGAACUGCAGUUUCAUGACGUGACACCCGGAGCGCCGCCCGGAUUAACUGUAGACUCAGCUGCGACCAGCAAAUCACGGAAACGUCCGGUGGAGAAUAGGGUGUCACGUGUCAACGAGAAGAAGAAGCCCAUGAUACGAGUGCGCAGUAAUAGUGUCUCGGCACUUGGGGACGGGAAAGAGACCAAACAGCCACCGCCACGGUCUGAAAUUUUGCAAUGGCAAGGCGAAUUGGAAGACAUAAAUCUCGGAUUUGGUUUCGGAGGAAUGGAUACAAACCUGUUCAGCGGUACGAAUGUGCCGAGCCAAAAUAGCCAUCAAUAUCAGCAACAAACAUGCCAAAAUAACCAUCAAUAUCAGCAACAAGCAAGCCAAAACAGCAAUGACAAGUACCGAAACUCGAACGCCAACUCUGAUUUUGGGACGAUGAUGGGUCUGCAGAACACACAAAAUAGAAUGUACAAUAACAAUCUAAACAAUAUAGGAAUGAAUAUACGAGACAGUUUGGGCAUGGGCUUCGAUUCCGGGGCGGCCAUGAACUCACCCAUGAAUGGGUUACUAAACAAUGCGACUGGAGGAGGGGAUAAGCGCAAUCAGAGGAACAGGGAUUCUAUCAACUUAAACAUGUUAGGCCUAGCUAACCAAGGGCAACCGCACAACGCAAUGUUCCAGGUAUGUUAG